CAUUGCAGCUAGCAAACAACUUGAUCGCAACCAACCCUCGUUUCUACUCUUUUAUAUAUUAAUCUCCUAAACAAAUUAAUUAGCUAAGAUGACACCUAAAAUUCUUCUGGUUAUUGCUGCUCUCCUUGCUUUGCAAUUAGCUACCUCUCGUGUAGUAUGGGCAUCUGAUCCUAGUCCGCUUCAAGACUUUUGCGUCGCCGAUAACAGCUCCAAAGUGUUUGUCAAUGGAUUCGUUUGCAAGAGCAUGGAUGACGUGAAAGCCGAAGACUUCUUCACCUAUGGCCUCGACAAGCCCGGCAACACCAUAAACAAGCUAGGCUCCAACGUCCAUGCAAUCAAUGUGAAUACAAUUCCUGGGCUCAACACGCUCGGCAUCUCCAUGGCUCGCAUCGACUUCGCCCCUCACGGACUCAACCCACCCCACACUCACCCUCGCGCCACUGAGAUCCUCACCGUGCUAGAAGGGGAGCUCUAUGUUGGCUUUGUGACAUCCAACAUCGGCCAAACCAACCGCCUAUUCACCAAGAUUCUGAAGAAGGGCGAUGUGUUUGUGUUCCCUCAAGGCCUUAUCCACUUCCAAUUCAACCGUGGCCAUACAAGAGCUAUUGCAAUCGCUGCUCUAAGUAGCCAAAACCCCGGUACCAUAACCGUUGCAAAUGCAGUAUUUGGCUCAAAACCCUCCGUAUCCGAUGAAGUUCUCGCUAAGGCUUUCCAAGUGGAUCGGAAGAUUGUUGACCAACUCCAAGCUCAAUUCUGGAUGGAUAACAACAAUUAGACAUAUAGGAGACGUGUGUGUGCGCGCGUUUUGAAUAUAUUAUCAAUAUCGUCAGUAUGCAUAGGUUUUUAUAACCAGCAUAAUUGACUUACUUAAUAAAGUAAUUUAUCAUGUAACCGUUUAAUUUAUUUCAAUAAUAAUGAUGAUAAUAAGAGAUUUUAUUUGAAUAA